GCUGGUGGUGGUUUUGGGCCUAGUCGUCCGGCCGGUAAUAAAGGAAAAGAAUACCCAGGCAAACUUACCGGAUAUGUCACUGUCACUUGCAUUGUUGCUGCCAUGGGAGGUCUUAUUUUCGGUUACGAUAUAGGAAUUUCGGGCUGUUCCACUGUACUUGUCUGAAAUGGCUCCAUACAAAUAUAGAGGAGCACUCAACAUUGUGUUUCAACUAUCCAUCACUAUUGGGAUCUUAGUUGCCAAUGUGUUGAACUACUUGUUUGCGAAGAUCAGUUGGGGUUGGCGUUUGAGUCUGGGAGGAGCUAUGGUUCCCGCGUUGUUCAUCAUAGUUGGGUCCAUCUUCCUCCCCGAGACGCCAAACUCGUUGAUCGAGCGGGGCAACAACGAGGUGGCAAAAGAGAGGCUGAGGAGGAUCAGAGGAGUGGAGAACGUGGAUGAAGAGUUUGAGGAUUUGGUGGCGGCGGCUAGUGAUGCCGGCCUCUAGGAAAGUUG